GCCCGCUGUAAGAACGCGCUAGUUUAAAUAUUUACUAAGAUAAGGCACCUUCGGCAACUCACUAGGUGCUCGGUAUUUUUUCGUAAUCCGUGGAUUGGUUUUGCAGCCUGAGGUGUGUAAUGACAGUUCCGCAAGCUAGUAGUUCAAAGACAUCAGGACGGAAGAAAACCAACUUCAAAAAUAUCAAACAAGUUUUAAAUGCAGAGUCACAGAUCAAAUACCCUCCGGAUGCUGUUCUUUACAAUCACAUAAGUGCACCGCCAAGUAUUCGUCCGCCAAUGAAAGUGUCUGAUCUAAGUGGAGUACCAACUAAUUAUACAGAUCCGCAAACGAAUCUUAAUUAUGCCACUUGUUCCGAAUUUCGAAGACUGAGAUGUCUACCCCAGCACAUUGUAAAUGGCUACUUGGCUCUGAAGGGUGUCUCAAAUAACUGAUACCAUUAACAAGCUUUGAAUUUGAUCAUUUACAAAAAAAUAUA